GAAUUAAGCGCAGUCAACUUCACGACUGUCUACACCCAUCGACCAAGACAACAACAACCGCCACCAUGGGUCGUGUCAUUCGCAACCAGAGAAAAGGUCGCGGCUCGAUCUUCACGGCCAACACCCGCCUCAACAAGGCCCCAGCGAAAUUCCGAACCCACGACUUUGCCGAGCGCCAGGGCUACAUUCGCGGUGUUGUGAAGGAGAUUGUCCACGAUGCAGGCCGUGGCGCACCUCUCGCAAAGGUCGUCUUCCGUGACCCAUACCGCUACAAGCUCCACACCGAGACCUUCAUCGCCAACGAGGGCAUGUACACUGGCCAGUUCAUCUACGCCGGAAAGAACGCCUCGCUCACGAUCGGAAACGUCCUCCCACUCGGCUCCGUCCCAGAAGGUACCGUGGUCAGCAACGUGGAGGAGAAGGUUGGCGACAGAGGUGCGCUCGGCAGGACGUCUGGAAACUACGUGACCGUCAUUGGACACAACCCAGACGAGGGCAAGACCCGUGUCAAGCUUCCAUCUGGUGCGAAGAAGGUGGUCAAGAGCUCCGUCCGUGGUAUGAUUGGUAUCGUCGCUGGUGGUGGACGUACCGACAAGCCUCUCCUCAAGGCCUCGCGCGCCAAGCACAAGUUCGCUGUCAAGCGCAACUCAUGGCCAAAGACUCGUGGUGUUGCCAUGAACCCCGUCGAUCACCCUCACGGUGGUGGUAACCACCAGCAUAUUGGUAAGGCCUCGACCAUCUCUCGCUACGCCGCACAAGGUCAAAAGGCUGGUCUCAUUGCUGCCCGGAGAACUGGUCUGUUGCGUGGUACUCAAAAGACCAAGGACUAGAUGCAUCUGGGGCAGUAGUGGUGUUGGCGUUGCAAUGGGUUUGAACUGCGAUAUGCGCAGCUGUGGCAUGGGUUCAAGCGUGGCUAUGCAAGCGAAGCGCUACAUACCAGGAUUCAUGAGCAGAUCAAAUGAGUUCACGUUCGAAAGAAUCCACGCCCUCUUCCCACUCUCCAUGGCACGAAUGAGCACUUUGCAGGUCAUGUAUAACAUCGGGCCAGACCUGAACAAUAACGAGUGUUCAAGGGACUGCGUAGGGACCAGGUGGAGAGGACGGCUGUCGAAAAGCUACGUUAUCAAGUUCAUCUUCACAAUGCAGGAAGGCUCCAAAUUUCGUAUUCGGGC